AUGGGCAACAUCGGGAGCAGCGGCGUCCACGGCCGUAGCAGGAACUCAGGCAGGCGGAGCCACCCCCAUCCCCACCCACCACCGCCUCCGCCGCAGGCCCCGCAGCCGGAGAUCACCGCCAAUCGCUACGUUUUCGCGGCGGCGACGCCGUACCCGCCGUCACAGUACCCAGGCCCCAACGCGGCGCCGUACUAUCAGUACCCCGGUUACUACCCGCCCCCGCCGCCCCCGUCGUCGGUGCCGAUGCCGCUCCUUGCUCCGUACGACCACCACCACCACCCGGGGGCGGCGCACGGGGCCUGGGUCAACGGGCGGUACCCCUAUGGCCCGAUGGUGCAGCAACCGCCGCCGCCGCCGCCGCCUCCUCCUUACGUGGAGCACCAGAAGGCGGUCACAAUCCGGAACGAUGUUAAUUUGAAGAAGGAGACGCUGAGGAUCGAGCCGGACGAGGCCAAUCCCGGGAAGUACCUAGUUGCGUUCACGUUCGAUGCCACAGUUGCCGGAAGCAUCACAAUAAUUUUCUUUGCCAAAGAAGGUGAAGAUUGUUGCCUGACCCCAAUGAAAGAGAGUCUACACCCACCCAUUACAGUGCACUUUCAGCAAGGUUUAGCCCAGAAGUUCAAGCAGCCCUCAGGAACCGGGAUAGACUUCUCAAUGUUUGAGGAGGCAGAGCUUUCGAAAGACGCUGACAUGGAUAUUUACCCACUGGCAGUCAAGGCUGAGGCCUCGCCCGACACCCAGAGUGGGAACUCGGAUGGAGGAACGACAAACUCACAGAUAACACAGGCCGUGUUUGAGAAGGACAAAGGUCAAUUUAACGUUCGGGUGAUUAAGCAGAUACUGUGGGUAAACGGCAUGAGAUAUGAGCUGCAGGAGAUUUAUGGGAUUGGGAACUCGGUUGAGGGUGACUUUGACGCGAACGAUCCGGGGAAAGAGUGUGUCAUUUGCCUUUCCGAGCCACGGGACACCACUGUUCUCCCGUGUCGGCACAUGUGUAUGUGCAGCGAAUGUGCAAAAGUGUUGAGGUUUCAAACGAACAGGUGCCCUAUAUGCAGACAGCCAGUCGAGCGCCUUCUAGAAAUCAAGGUUAGCAAUGGUGGGCCUGAGAAUGAGGAAAAUUAA